AUCAUUUCUAACUCUUCUAUAUUCUGUGCAUUCUUGUUAAGAAAGAAGAACACAUAGAAAGAGAGAACAAGGCAUACAAAUGGCAGAAGAGGUUGGUUUGAGCGUAGCAGGAAAGAUCGCAGAGUUGCUGUUGAUUGAGCCAAUUCAACGAGAACUGGGCUAUCUCUUCUGUUUUAACAGUAACUUUCAAGAGCUGGAAGAUAGACUCGUUGAUCUAAGAGCAAAAAGAAUCGAUGUACAAGCAAGGGAAGAUGCAGAAGAGAGGAAGCGAAGAACCCUCGGUAAAGAAGCCGAAAACUGGAUUAAGGAUGCUGAUGGAAAAAUUGUUGAAACAGAGAAUCUUAAGAAGAAGAAGGCGGAGCUUCAAAAAGGGUGUUUCUCCAUCAAAUGGUGUCCUAAUAUAAGCUUGCGUUUUUCAUUGGGUAGGAAGGGGAAGAAGUUAUCUCUGCUUCUCAUCCAGCUUCUUCAACGUGCUGAUAAUUUGCCGAACGAAGGUUAUGACUUGCCCAUGCAGCCCAUACAGUGGGGAAAUUACAAUGGUGAUGCUUCGGAUUUCGACAGUCGAAAUAAGUUCACGAAAAACAUCAUUGAGAUGUUACGGGACCAAGAGACAAUGUUAAUAGGGAUAUGCGGAAUGGGAGGGAUCGGAAAGACCACGUUCGCUAAGCAAAUCCUCCAAAAGGUUAGCGACUCUCCUAAGCCUUUAUUUGAUUUUCAAGUUAUUUCCACUGUCUCGAAUAGUCCCAAUUUCAAUGUUAUCCAACAAGAAGUCUCAGAGAUGUUAGGGACUACCCUUGAGGGCGUUCAUAGUGAGUUUGUAAGAGCAGAAAAUUUACGAAAUGCUUUUAGUAACAAGAGAGUUGUUGUCUUAUUGGAUGAUGUUUGGGAUGAGUUUGAUUUAAAUGCUUUUGGUUUUCCAUUAACAAAAUCAAAUGUUGGGUGUUGCUGUAAGAUUAUUUAUACAUCUAGAAACAAAGAUUUAUGGUCUGGUCAACGGACCAUUACCAAGAAGGAAAUCGAACUUGAUCUAUUGUCAAGUGAAGAAGCUUUUAAUUUGUUUAAAAGAAAAGUUGAUCUGCAGCAUGAUGAUAUUAAUUUUCAUUGGAAGAAUGAAAAAGCUAGAAAAAUUGUUGAUGAAUGUGAACGAUUGCCCCUCGCGCUUGGGGUUGUAGGUGGCGCUCUCAUUGAAAAAGAUAAACAUGAGUGGGAGCAUAUGCUUAAUCAAUUGAGGUAUCAAGGUCAAGAUCAACAUACAUACAAGGACAAGAUAAACAAAGUCUUGGAAACGAGUUAUCUACACUUACAAGAUCUCAAUGCCCAGUCCUUGUUCUUGCUCUGCUGUUUAUUCGGAGAGGACGAGAUGAUUCCUAUUGAGACGUUGUAUCGUUAUGCAUUGGGUUUGCAGCUCUUCAAAGGUAGAAAUGACCUACGACAGACAAGAGUUCUUGUCUACACCUUAGUGGACAACCUAAUAAGAAGAAAUUUGCUAAUAAAGUUGGAAGCUCUAUACCGCGGAGAACGUGCAGUGAAAAUGCACGAUUUGGUAAGAGAUGUUGGGAUUUUAAUUGCAGAAAAAGAAAAGAAGGGUAUUCAUUUUCUAAAGUGUGAUGGUGUGAACCAACUAGAGAAUAUAGUUACUCCACACACUAAAAUUAUUUCUAUAUUGUUCCAGAAGAAGAAUGAUAUAGAAGUACUUGAUUCCAUGGAAUUUCGAGGCUCAAAAUUGGAACUACUACGGUGGGAUAGUUCAAGUGUUUUUGGAUCAAAUAUUGAAAUAUCAGAAAAUGUACUUAAAGAGGCGAAUAAUCUCAAAGUUUUAAAUAUACUCUAUAACUUAUACAAGAUUAGUGAGUUUUCAUUAUCUUCUUCUUUAGCCAAGUUGAAGAUGUUAUCCAUAGAGGGAAUGAAUACGAAUAUGACACCCAAUGUAUCUUCCAUUGGACAUAUGAAGUGCUUGGAAGUCCUUAGCUUUCGACGGUCAUAUAUGAAAGCUUUGCCAAAUGAAAUAAGUGAGUUAACGAACUUAAGAUUGUUGGAUUUGUCUAUGUGCAAGUGUUACAUAAGCAAUGGUACUCUUUCAAAGCUUACUAAUCUACACGAAUUGUAUAUGUGGGAAAGUUUUCAAGAUUGGAGGCUACAAAAAGAAGAUGUUAAUGGUGGAGACAAUCAUGCAGCAGCAGGACUUGAUGAGUUAAAUUUCUUACAUAAAUUGUGGAGAUUGGAAUUGGAGGUACCCAAUAUUAAACAAAUACCGAGAGGAGUUAAAUUAUUUUCUUCUUCAAAAUUGUUAGAACAAUUCAAGAUAAGAAUAGGAGAAAGAGAUCCUAUCAAAUUUAAAAGUAUCAAAUUUAAAAGCGGGGAAAGACAACUGUGGUUAGAGAAUGCUAGAGACAAUACUAAUUUCUUACCUGAACUUGGGUUCUUAAUAGAAAAAGGCAUUACCGAUUUACAUGUAUGCGCUGAUUCUGGCAUGUGGGAGAAUAUGUGUACAAACAAAUUCCUAUUCCUAUCACUGAAGGAUAUUAAGCUUAAAAAGUGUGGAUCUCUCUUCCCACAGUCACCGUCAUUGUUGCAGACUUCUGAACUUGGGCGCUGUUUGCAGUGUAUUAAACUAUAUGAAUGCAAUAAAAUGACACACUUAUGUUCUACAUCAAUAUCAAAGAAUCUCACAAAUCUUCAAGCCCUUGUUCUCGAAGGUUGUGAAAUGAUGGAAGAAGUUGUUAGCUCUUGCAAUAAGACAGAACAACUCAAUAAAAUUGAGUUCAAUGCUUUGGAAACUCUUAAGCUUAGUGACUUGUCUAGGUUGGAAUGUUUUUUCAAAGGAGUAAACGAGAUUCAUUUCCAUAAACUGAAAAUAUUGGAGCUAAAAGGAUUGAAGCAAUUUAUCUUUCCAACCAAGUUGGAAAUACCUUGCGUGGAGGAGCUGAGUAUGAAAUCUAUUCCAAAUAUUGAAACAUUGUGCAACAUCUUUCUACCAUCACUGCAAAAGUUGAAUAUUGAUAGUUGUGAUAACUUCCAAUAUGUUGACUUCUUUGAUAGCUUGGUGAUUUCUAAUCUUAAAAGUUUAAUCAUUAAAAGUUGUAAAAUGUUGAAAGGUGUGGUAGGUGUAACAACUGGCGCAAGAGAGCAAGGGAGAAAAUCAAUUGAAUUCCCUAAUUUGUCAACAUUGGAACUUGAAUUCUUGGACAAACUUUCGAGUUUUGUCAUCGACGUCAACGAUUUGGAUGACAAAGAUGAAAAGUCACAAAGUGUACUAUUUUAUCACGAUGAUUAUCAGGUCAUGCUUCCUUCUCUACACGAAUUGAAAAUAAGUGCAUUGCCGAAGAUAAAUUAUAUAAUAGGAAGGAACAGUGAACAAGUAAGAGUUCAUGAUGAUAUCGAGGAAUGGCAUGGCAGAGAAUUAUUAGUAUUUCCUAAUGUGGAGACAUUGCGGCUUAAACAUUUAAAGGAACUGGUGAGUUUUGUUGGAGAGAUGAACAAUAUGGAAAACGAUUGCAAAAAUCAAAAUGCACUCUUUCAUCUGGAUGAUGAUGAUGAGGUCUGGUUUCCUUCCUUACAAGAGUUGUGUAUAAAGGGAUUGUCAAAGAUAAAAUAUAUAGUAGGAAGGAAAAGCGGACAAGUAGGGGUUCAUCGUGAUCAUAUAGAAGAAGAAGAAGGCCGUGGACGACGGGAAAUACAACAACCCAUAUUAUUCCCUAAUUUGAAGUUGUUGGUGCUUGAUGAUUUAGAGGAGAAUGUGAGUUUUGUUGGAGUGAUGAACAACAAUAUGGACAACAAUUGCAAAAAUCAAAAUGCACUCUUUCAUCUCGAUGAUGAUGAGGUCUGGUUUCCUUGCUUAAAAGACUUGAAUAUAAGUGGAUUGCCAAAGAUAAAUUAUAUAGUAGGAUGGAAAGAGGGAGAAGGACAUCAUCAUCCUCCUGAUUAUAAUAAGAUAUUUCCUGUAUUAAAUCGAUUGUGGUUGUCUGAAUUAAGCAAUUUAAUACAUAUGUAUGAAAUCAACCAGUCAGGAGGACUAGGAGGAGUGCUUUUAUUUCAAAACUUGACAUCCCUGAAUGUUGGUGGAUGUGGGAAAUUGAGAUAUUUGUUUUCGGAGAAUAUAGGUAGAGUCGUUGGCAAGCACCUUGAGUGGCUAUAUAUCACUAAUUGUGGAAUGAUGGAAGUGGUGAUGAAGAAUAUUAUUGAGGAUGAUGAUAAAACUGAAAGAGGAAGUAAUAAUUCUGUCGACGGAAAUACUCGUCAUUUCUUUCCACUCCUUAGUUCAUUGAGACUUUGGAAUCUAUCAGGUUUGAUGAGCUUUAGUGAUGUUGCUUAUACUUGGGAGUUGCCAUCACUAGAGGAUCUCCAUGUAUCAUACUGUCCGAAGCUAGAGGCACUCUCUCCCGGCUAUUUGGAUUCUCCAAGGCUGAAUGAACUCAAUUAUGAUAAUUAUAGAGAAGAAGUAAAUGUAAAGGAUACCUGGAAAGGUGACGUUAACAAAGCAUUGCGUCAUUUAUUUAUCGAGAAGAAACAAGAAGAAGAACUAGAGAGACGAAAGAUGGAGAUAACGGAGAGGAUGAAGUUAAAGAUGAUGGAGAUAAAGAUGGAGAUGGAGACGGAGACGGAGACGAAGACAGAUGAUGAUGAAUUAUAG